AUGACAGCCGGGAGCCCGGGAGACUGCGGGGAGAUGCGGAGGAGCCCCGAGGGCCGCGUCUCCCGCCUGGGCCGCCGCCUGGGCCGCCGCCGGCGCCCGCGCUCUCCGCCCGAGCCUCUGCGGGUGCGGGCGCGGCUGCGGCUGCGCUCGCCGUCGGGGGCGUUCGCCGCCCUGGGGGCGCUCGUGGUGCUGGUGGGCAUGGGCAUCGCAGUGGCCGGCUACUGGCCGCACCGUGCCGGGGCCCCGGGGCCCCGGGCCGCCAAUGCCAGCUCACCCCCUGUUAGUGAGCUGCGACGCGAGGGUCGCGGCGCGGGCCGGGGUCAUGGCCCGCACGAGCGGCUACGGCUGCUUGGACCAGUGAUCAUGGGCGUCGGCUUGUUUGUAUUCAUCUGUGCCAACACGCUUCUCUAUGAGAACCGAGACUUGGAGACGCGACGACUCCGCCAGGGGGUGCUACGGGACCAGGCCCUCCGGCCCCCCGACGGCCCCAGCUGGGACUGCGCUCUCCUUCCCAGCCCUGGCCCAAGGACUCCCCUAGCCAUAGGCUGCGCGGAGCCAGAAAGUUGGGACCUGUCCCCGCGUCGGGGUACCUCACCCGUCCCGUCAGUGCGGAGUCUGCGUUCAGAGCCUGCUAAUCCUCGCCUCGGGUUACCUGCCCUCCUCAACAGUUACCCGCUGAAGGGUCCAGGGCUGGCCCCUCCCUGGGCUCCACGAACCCAGACUGGCCACGUGAUCAUCACAGUGCAGCCCUCUGGCUCCUGCAUUGAACAUUCCAAGUCUCUGGAUCUGGGCCUUGGGGAGCUCCUCCUUGGGACCCCAGCUGCUCGUGACUGUGCUCACAGAAGCUGGCCACGGCUGGACCGUCUCAGUCUGGGGGGGUAUGCCAAAUUGGGAGGAGAGAAUUUGGGGGCCCGGGUCUGAGGAGUAGGGGGACAACCCGCUAUGAGGCUGCAGCAUGGACCAUGAUAACAGGA